AGACAUCUUGGCCCAAGGAUUCUGGGGCGGCAGUCCCUGGCCCAUCUGACAUCCUAAGCCCUCUUUGCAACGCCAGCUGCGAUCUCCUCAUCCUCAGGAUGGCCGACACGGUAAUCACACUGAACGUCGGCGGCAUUCUGUUCACAGCAACCAGGCCAGUCCUCGAGCAGUCCUCGUUCUUCGAAGGCCUUUUGCGGAACCAGGGCCGCAUCGGUAAUGCCACGCAUGAAGGCAACCUGUACAUCGACCGCGAUGGAGAGGCAUUUCGCGACAUUCUGGCCUUUAUGCGUUCUGGAUGUCCUGUUGCUGCUCAUUCUCCUCCUGAAAUCCUGGACCAGGAGGCUAAGUUCUACGACGUCAAAAACUUCCAGACGAUGCCCAAUGUGAAGAAGGUCUUCCUUCCCGCAAGCACAACGAACAAACGCAUCCUGAAAGGUGUCUACCAUGACGAGACCCGCACCGGAGUUAAGCGAUAUCGCUUCGACUCUGAGCAAUUGCCAGCGGAUGUGCCAUCAUGUGCAGGCAGGGGAGGACAACGAGGUUGCGUGCCUCUUGAUACACUGACAAAAAAAGGUUUCCGCAAUAUUGGAUCAUCAACCGAUGAACCUGACGAUGAGGUCACAUUUCAGCGCACAGCAACCACUCACUAUGUGGAUUUGCAGGAAUUUGUUGUUCCAGAUGAUGGCAGUACCUGGGAUGUUGUCCAGGAAUGCGAGGUUAAGGGUCACAGAUAUGCUAUCGUAACGAAAUACCAUUAAGCUGUGGCCGUGCUACAACUUUUUGAAUUACUGGAGCGCCGGGCGUGCGCUGCCAGGCUGGUGACCGCUCCAGAAACAAUCGAUGCUGUAAGGACUCUGUGGCACGGCCCAGCACGCCUGAAAAAGCAGUGCCCGACCCGCACGACGUGAGGCUGAACCCUGCAGAUGCCGAGAAGGUGAACAA